AUGCGAGUUUUCAUCGCUCUUUUCAUCCUCACCCUAGCCAGGUAUUCUUCGGCUCAGGUAUAUGGCUACGGCAGGUGUCCCGACGUCCGACCCGUCGACGAUUUCGAUGUCCACCGCUACGCCGGGCGCUGGUACGAAUUUGCUCGGUUCUACGACGCUCCCGAGGAAAGUUUUCGGUGUCAAACUCAAAACUACACUGUGAAAGCUGACUAUCUCCUAAGCAAUGAGUCGGGAGUUGAUUCGUAUGGACAGGGCUACUCGUUUCUCGUACGAAUUUAUAAUCUAUCUGAAGGAACACAGGCAUACUAUACUACUCUAGCGAAAAUCCUGUCAAAUUCAUAGUACCGUUUGUUGACUAUGGGAAAUAUAGCAUCAACCACGUCUGCAAAGAGUAUCUACGAGGUCUAAUCAACAUCCAGUACAACUGGAUCAUCACCCGUGAUCGUACGAUGUCAGAAGCAGACUACGAUGAUGUCAUGCGGUACCUCGACUCGGUGGGCAUCAACGCGAAGGAAUUCAAAAGGGCGGACCAGCGAGACUGUCCUAACUACCGCGACGAUCGAGUUUCGAGUCGAAUGGACGAACGCGACGUCGUGCGCACACUGUACAGUUGAACUGAAACUGAAAUUUCGUAAAGGGCACAGUUUUUUUCCGAAACUAGUACACUGUUAGUAGUAUGACGUACAAUGCCAAGAAAUAAUUGAAUAAAGUACAUGUACUGAAUUCUCUGAAUAGCUUAUGUUUUCCUUCUAUAUAUUCCCUGUCUUAUUGAUUUGUUUUCCAUUUUCAACCCGUAAAAUAAUGUAUGAACACG